AAACUAGCAACUCUAAAUUGGUAGUCUUCCAAUACUUGACAAAAAGCAUAUUGUAUAAAUAGAAUUUCUGCUACAAAUUAUUUAUAUUCAUUAAUUGUGUUUCAAUAGCAGCAACAAAUUCAUACCACAAAAAUGAGUGUAGAAGUUCUUGAUGGCGCCACAAUCCUUAGCUUCGUGGAAGACGAAGAAGCGUUCAGUGAAUUUAUCGUCGAACGCUUCAACAAUCUCGAUAAAGAUCAUGAUGGCAUACUUUCUUAUUCAGAAAUGUUGAAAGAGUUGCAGGGGUUAAGGGUUUUCGAUACACAUUUUGGUAUCGACGUGAAAAUCGAUCCAAACGAGAUUUCUCGAGUUUAUAGUUCAAUUUUCGUUCAGUUCGAUCACGACUCGAACGGGACGGUGGAUUUAAAAGAAUUUAAACAAGAGAUGAAGGAGAUGAUGGUGGCUAUGGCUAAUGGUUUAGGGUUCUUGCCAAUUCAAAUGGUACUUGAAGAAAAUAGUUUCUUGAAGAAAGCUAUUGAUAGGGAAUUAAAAUAUUACUCUAUAUAAUAAGAAUGGUUAAAUAUCUUGUAUUUUGUCGUAUCAAUUUACUACACAUGGUUUAUACAUGCAAUAUCAUUAAAAUUAUGAGUUGUAAUAUUUUGAAAUAAAUUUGAUGUAUUAUGAUUUAUUAUUA